CGAAAGUCACACUAAAAGUUAGUAGUUACAAUUUACGAUCGGUUUGGACAUCAUUGAAACUGUACGAGAAAGUCUUCAUCAUGAACUCUUCRUUUUUCGUAGCUUUGGCAUUAUUAGUAGCUGUGGUGAUAGCAGACAACACAGACAACACCAGAAAUAAAAAAGAAGUUAUUUACAAUCCUUAUGGGCAAAUCACAGAUGCUAACAAGAUUUUAGCUACAACCGGAUACAAUAAUUACAACAACUAUCAACAACUGCCGUACAACAACAAUUAUUAUUAUCAACCGGCGGCGUAUUUGGCGUACAACCACCAAUACUACCAACAACAACAGCCGUACCAGCGUGUCGGUGGCUAUCCGUACAACGGCGAUAUCGCAACCGGCCACAACCACCAACAGCACUACAACCAGUACAACAACUACCCGUACAACAGCGGCUACCAGCAGUACAGCGGCUUCCGACAGUACCCGUACAACAUCAACCAGCAGUACCCGUACAGCAGCGACCAUCAGUACGGCGCUUACCAACAACAGUACCCGUACGGUUACCAAAACGCKUACGGCCACCAACAGUACCCGUUCGGCUACAACAACGCGUACAACUUCAAUCAGGUGCUCCGACAGGCGCCAGCUUACCCGAGUACCGGYGCUCAGCCCAUCAGCCCGCCGGUACCACAUCCGUUCUAUCACGUACAAGGGACGUAUUACCCGACCACGACCGAAGUUAACAAACCACCUGUGACCGUCGCCACAGUCGAUCCGAAAAAAACGUACUAAUGAAAACGUCGAAGACCUUACGGACAUUAUUAUAAUGGUAUCAUUAUGAUAAACUGCUGAACAAUGGGAAAAAAAUUAAACACAUUAUGUAAACCACGCCACGAUAUGAUUAUAAUAAUAAUUAAUAUGCAUUUACAAAAAUAAAUACAUCACUUACAAAACAAAACCUAAUGCAACGUGAUUAUUUAAAAUUUAUUUAUUUUUUAAUAAACUUAAAACAUAGUAACAUAA